GAUGUGUGUAGGGAGAUUCACUCUGAUUAUAACAUACUGAAAAGUGGCAGUUAAAUUUUAGUGUGUUAACUGUUAUUUUCUUUCUUCUUCCUUAUCUGAGAAUAUUUAUAGUCUUUUAUGUGCCCAAUCCUACUCCUUUUCUUGACAACAGAGUGGGCCUUGUCUUCUAAAGAAACCUUUCUUUUAGUCUUUAUGGUUCUCUUUAAGCUUCUAGUAUCAUCUUGGAGUGUUUUGUAUGAUUUCUUUCUUUCUAGAACAAUUUACAUCAUCUUUGUAUCUGUGGCUAUCUUACCACAGAAUACCACCUAAUGGGGCUCCCAUACUUCCAGCAGAGUGAAAUGCUUGUAGUAUUACAUUGUAUGCUUCACGGACAAACAGAAAACCUAACUUGCUGGGCUCUAGCAAAGAUUCUUGCCACACUCUUCUCCCAAAGAACACAAAAAUAAGCACUUAUUCUCAGGAAAACUCCCUAAUGAAGGGGUCUGCUUGAAGCUACAUGGUGCUGCCUGAAUGCCCUUCUACAAGGGAGACUGUUGCUGUGGGUCCUGAGUGAUGACUUACUGAAAGCAAGCAUGUUUGUUUUAGUUAGGUGCUGAUGACUUCCAUACUUACGUAACUGUAUAUUUUUCCCUGUCUCUCCAGGAGCAGUUGGCAAUGAAUUUUUCGCACUCUCAUUCCAUGAACGCUUUAAGUUGGUAUUGAUGCUCUGGCUGCUUGUUCUCCCCAUCAAGGACACAAAAGAACUUCUGUAGCUGAGCAGUGCAGCAUAUUAGGAAAUAUAUCUGUGUUAAGAUUAAUAGGGUUUUCUCCUCCUUCCUGUUUUGCUGGAUCAGUUUUAACUUGUAUAAUUUUCCUGUCCAAUUCACCACACCACUGCUUUUGAUGGCACAAGUGUAGGACAGAGACAAGAAGUAACUAGUAGUAAAGAGAAAGGCAGGAUUGCUCCUUUUGAUGUUAGUGCUGGCUUACAAAAGGUUAAAUUAUUUGUAGAAUUGCAGUGUCUGAAAGUCGAUUUUGUAUGCCAGAAAAAUUGGUACUUUCAUUUUCCUUAAUGAGACUUCCUCUUAAAAGCACUCCAGUAUUAUGACUCCUCUACUGCUUAAUUUCACAGGUGCACUGCCAGUGUACUUAAGUGAUUUCCCUUCUCCCUUUUCUUGCUACAGAGGAUCUUCUUUUGCAUUGUUGUGCCUCUUGCUUACUUUGUAGCUGGAUAAAUUAGUGCUUGUUUUAUAUAGCUCCAAAUGUUGUUAGUUACACUUUCAGAAAUUAGAUGGUGUGACAUCUGAGGAAAAUAGCUUUCGGUUUUUUAGUUUAUAUUUAUUUGUUUUAAGUCAUAUCUAUGAAGAUCAGUUUAAGAGAAAGCGCAAAAGAUACAAGACUGUAUUGUUACAUCAGUUUUCAGAUUAUGCCUGUUGUACUUGUCUGAUUUAUGAACUAGAUAACUGAGUGCUUAUAAACAUAAUAAAUGUAUUUGCUAUUGGCAGUGUAGGAUGUAAUUCCAUAUUGCAUUUUUUCUGCAACAAAGAAACCAGUUUUGUUGUUUUUUUUUUUUUUUUUCCCUUCCUCUUAUAUCCCUGUGUUAUAGCUUACCACUCUUUCAGUUACAUCAGCAUAACUGUUUGGUUUUGAAGUUGUGCAAACCAGAUGAUGAAAUGUUUUCAACUGAACUAAGCAAACAUAUUUACCUCUUACCACUCAGCUGUAGGGUCAUACAGUAAUCCACAUUAUAAACAGUUCCAUUGUUACAGCUAAGGGCUAAAUAUACUGCAACAUGGGAAUGGGAAGGCAUUUUGAAGAGGCCCCAGCCAAGAGCACCAUCAUCUUUAUUGCUGUGCAGUACAAUGUCACCUAUACCAUUGAUGACAACAGUGAGCAGUUUCAUUUUUAUGACUAUGGUCCAAAAGACUUUGCCACAAUCUUCUUCUACAUGCUUGUAGCUAUUUAUCUGCAUGCUGUAAUCCAGGAGUACAUAUUAGAUAAAAUUAAUAGACGUCUGCAUUUGUCAAAAACAAAGCACAGCAAAUUCAAUGAAUCAGGACAGCUAGCAUUUUUCUACUUGUUUUCAUUUAUAUGGGGAGCAAGUAUUUUGAAUGCAGAAGAAUUCAUGAUGAACCCAACCUCACUCUGGAAAGAUUAUCCCCAUUCUCGUAUGCUUUUUCAGGUAAAAUUCUUCUAUAUUUGCCAGAUAGCCUAUUGGCUUCACGCACUCUUGGAGCUAUACUUCCAAAGGAUCCAAAAGGAAGAUAUUCCCAGGCAGCUAUGUUAUAUUUGCCUUUACAUUGCUCAUAUCUCUGGUGCCUAUAUAUUAAAUUUGCAGCGUUUGGGGCUAAUUCUGAUGGUACCUCACUAUUUAGUGGAACUCAUUUUUCACGCCUCACGUCUCUUCUACUUCAGUGAUGAAAACAAGCAAAAAGGAUUUACCAUUUGGGCUCUACUUUUCGUAAUGGUGCGUCUUUUGACCCUAACUUUAUCUGUCCUCACAUUUGGAUUUGGUCUGGCAAGAGCAGAGGAUCCAGGUUUUUCCAUAGCAGAUGGAAACUUCAAUGUACUUCCUGUGAGGAUUGGCUGCCUGGGUGCUGUUUGUCUAACACAGGCCUGGAUGAUGUGGAAAUUUAUAAAUUUUCAGCUGAAGAAAUGGAGAGAGCAUGUUAACAACCAGAUUCCAAAGAAAAAAAUAACUAAUACGAAGAACAAACGAACGAAAAAGGAACCAAACAGAGCUACCUUUGUCAAUGGAGCAGCAAAAUCAGAAUGUGGAGCAUCACCAAGAAUAAGAAAAUCAAAACCAGUAUGAGAAUACAAGCUAGUGUCAGAAGACAACAUUUGACAGAAGACUGUGACUUAAAAAACGGACACUGCAAAGCUAUUAUUUGGAUGUCUUAUUAUUUCAAUAGACACUAUCAGGUUAUGUUUUUAAAGUAUUUUUGUUAAUGACCCUACAUUUAUGACAAGAUUGUCUUUGAUCUACCUUAACCCAGUAGCCAUCUUAACUUUAAUAACAAAAACACAUUAAUUGGUUUGAACUUCGGGUUCUGUGAUCAGAAGUUAUUACAUUUCUGUAAUAUUUGCAUUACAGAUGCUUCAGAAGGCUAAGUUAUCUGUCUAUUCAUUUGUGUUUACAAAAUCAAAAUUCUGCACCAAAAAGAUCUUACCAUGUCUGUGUGUUUCCCCCACUCUUCCCUCCCCAAGACUUUUUUAUUUAUUCAUCUUACAUGGAGUAAGAGGUAUAUCUGAAGUAGCCUGGUAAAAAAGCAAAAAUUGUUCUGUACCUGAUUUCUCUUUAAAAAUUACAGAUUUAGAGAGAGGGCAAAUUCUGACAGGACAUCACUAGUCAUCUUUCAAUAUAAAGGUGAGACUAAUGUUUAGUAAAGAUGCAAAUUGUGUGCCUUGGGAAAAACGCUAGACUGCCUGUUGGAUUUUGCAGUGGAUUGUACUGUCUUGGAUGGGGCAAGGGGAAUAAAAAUAGCUGAUUAAUGUGUUAUAGUCUUAGCCCUUGUGAAAUAAAAGACAAAACUUCCAGAUAUUUCUAAAAAGUCAGUAUUUCAUGCUUGCAGUCACGUGCCAGACUUUCUUUUUUUCCUCAACUGUUUUUUUUCCUUUGAUUUGUAACUGGCAAGUCUUAAACUUCUGACUCUACUCAGAAGGUGUUCAAGGGAGGUGCUCAAACAAUACUGCAAUGAAUGUUUCACCAAGCAUAACCCUUUGUCUUUCUUUCUUGACCUGUAGGUAAUGAUUUAUUUUAGUCUGACUCAAGGGUUUUAUGUCCAUGAAGGUAUUAAUUUGCUCCUUAUGUGAACACUUUAUCUGGAUAUGAUUUUAAUAUUAAUAUGAUUAUAUUAUAAAAAGAUUAAUGGUAUUUUUGUAAGUAACUCUCAUAGAUCUGAGGCUGGUAUCUCAAUGUUGGAUAAGUUCCAUUAACUCACUUUCUUAUUUACCAUAACUUUCUCUCUGCAAAUAGAUUGUAGGAAUAUUACAUUACUUCACUUAAGCCUGUGAAUUUCUACUGAAAAUGUUUACCAUGGAACUAGAAUACAUUUGCUAAUAUUUUUAAUAAACUUUUAAAAUAAUGAAUGCCUUGUUCAAUAGAAGUAUCAUCUUCUGAGCAGUUUUGGUGAGAUUUGCUUAGCCUUCAAGUAUUUCUUGGCAUGCUGCUCACAAGAUAAGGUUUUCUUUGAUGUAUACUGCAACUGUAAGCUUAUAGUCUCUGUAGAUUUCAAUUUGUGCACACCUAAUUUACCAGGCUUUCAAAAGUGAAUCCAGACAGUGGUUUAGGUGCUAGUAUCCACUUCUAGGCACAUAAAACUAGACAAUUUUGAACUUUAAAGAUUUUUUUUUUCUUUCAGUAUUAUCAGAAAGUAUGUUCCUAAUACUGCCACUUGAAUAAACUGAUUACACUCUUAAAUGUUCUUAUUGCAUGACACUCAUGAUGGCCAUUUCAAAGAAGCUUGAAUUUUUUCUUUAAAGAUAGUUUAUUUAAAUUAUUGUUUUAGAAAUACAAAUACAAUGCAAGUAUAUUUAUAGCUACUAUUGUAUUCCAUGUACACAUAUAUUUGAUGUAAGAAUCUCCUCCUUACAGCAUGAUUGAUUUUUUUUUUUUAAAUUAAAAAUCACUGUCUAUAUAUUAAAUAUUUGGAUACAUACAGUAACACAAAAUGCAUUAAAUGAAUUCUAGGCUUCUUAUUGUGAAGGUGUUUCAAAAAACUGUUUGCAACAAAAAGUCUGUUUUAAUUUAUAUAAAGCACUGGUCUUGCAAAUUUCACAGUGAAAUUACAGAUAUAAAGAUAGUUCCAUUGAAUUUAGAAAUAAAGAAAAUGAGCAGGUUGGUGUAACAACUAGUUCAUUAACAAAAAAAAGCAAGUGUAUAUGCUUUUAGAAGUAAACUGAAUUAAGGCAGUGAUUCUUACGAUUUUUGUUUGUUUUUCAUUGGCUUGCUAAUGGAGAAUAUGUGAAAGCUGAAAUGUGAAGUGGUGGUUAAAUCAGAUGAAGAUGAUUCGUUUUUCUUUAAAUGUCUUUUUUUCUGGCUGAGUGGGAAUGAGGAAUCAGAACAGUAGAACUCAAGUGAAAAAGGAGUACUUAGAUGUAUUUUAAGCAACUUCUUUCUUUUUUAAAUUUACAAGACUAAGACAUUUCUGAGCUUCUCUCGGCAAUUACUUUUAAGAAUCCUUUUAUACUGUUUAAUUGAAAAUUUGUUGGUUUGUUCCAUGGUUAGAAAACACUGCCACAUUCAGGGUUUGUUCUAUGUGUUAAGCGCAAUAUUUUGUAGGGAAGGUAUGAGACGUAGGUAAUCAACUAUGAAUUCCCAAGUGCUUGACAAUUUCUUUUGAAUUGCAGCUUUCAAAAACAUUGCCAAAAAUGUUGCCAAAAAUGUCUAAUGUCUUUGAAAUUGCUUAUCUUUAACCAAAUACUUAAACCAAUUCCAAACCCCUUGUGUCAUAGCAAGUUCUGAGGUAAAUCCAGGCAUCUUGUUAUGGAGUCAAUAAACCAAAAGGCACAGUAGAAUUUUCAUACAGAAGUGCUUAGCUGAAUGAGACCUAAUUAAAGCCAAAUCUAAGCCAAAGGUAACGAGAGUACUGCAAAGUCAUGUUUAUGUCACAGAGUAUCUUCAAAAGUCUUAGAAACACAGGUGCUAAGUGCCAUGAAACAGGCAAGUCAGCCUAUGCUUGAGGUCUAGGAUAAAGACUGCAGCAUGUUAGGGUUGUGUUUGGUGGGGUUUGUGUUGUGGAUUGUUGUUGGUUGGUUAGGAUUUUUUCUUUUUUUGAUAUUUAAAUAUAGCUUAGUUUUUUUGAGAACUAAGCUGAUUGUAUUUUAAACUUUUUUUCAAUAUUAUGAAUGUCACACAGAGUAACAAUCAAAUUAGACACCGAUUUCUUCCUGUUUCAACCACAUAGACUUUGCUGAACUUGCAUAAAAUCUGUCAGCGCAGAUGUUGAGGCAUGUUCCCUAGUAAUGUAAUGUUGUAAUGAAUGAUCCUAUUAAGCUCUUUUUACAUUAGUUUAAGAUUUUAAUUUAUGUAUAUCGUAAGACUUUCAGAGCAACUGUAUGUUGUAUCUUGUCACAAUCGAAUUGUUAAUUCUUAUGUCAGAGGUCCUUUGCAAGUAGUCAUAUGCACAUCAAAAUAUAAAAUAUUACUGUGCAUCUGCUUUCUUGGGAAACCAAAAUUAGGUCCUCUUACUUUUAACCUUCCUUUUCUCUUAGUGAGUAUGUAAGAGUUGUUUUAUCUCCUGAAUAUUCUUUUAAAGGUAGGAGGAAGGGCAUCUUUUAGGCAGUGCAGAAAAGCUUACGUUACAAAUCUGUACCUCUGUUCUUGAACUGUGUAAUACGAAUGAACAGAUUGUCUUGGGUUUUAAAAGCAGAGUAACAGGAAAUGUUUAGCUGAUAUAUUUUACGUUCUCCUCUUACUGAGGUUUUGAGUUGGCCACAUGAAGUGGAAUAGAGUGGAGGCUGUAUGGUGGCAUAGCAAUGUGGACAAUAGUGUUGCUCUUGCCUGCUCCUGUUCAAGUCUACUAAAAACUGAAAUCAUUCAGAGUAGGUUCUAAAAAUGCAGGAUGUUGUCUGGGAGCUGGAGUUUUAAGCAAGUUCUGAAAAAUGCUAGAAUUUCUAAAUGCUCAGUCUCGUUGAAUGCUGUGUAACUCUGUAAAUAAUUAGUUUCAUUAUUUUUUUGAUAAAAUUAAUUUGGAUGGAGGAGGCAAUAUUUCAUCUAUAUUUGUUUCUUAAUAUUAAAAUGGGCUGCUGCAUCUACUUAAAUUGAAAAGCAUGUAUGUACUGCCUUUCUUAAACCAUCUGAAUAUUGACUUUUACCACAAAAAAUGUCUAGUGGUUGAAGACAUGGGUAAAACAACACUGAUAUUGUAAACUAUGAAAUUUUAGAUGCUUAGCUUUAAGUCUCAGUAGCUGGAACUGAGCUCAUUAAUUUAAUGAUUGUGAGCAAGAGAGAAAUGUUUGCAAACUAAUAUUUUUGUAACAUUUAUUUGUUACAAUUAUCCCCUAAAAUUCUCAUAUUCAGUUACUCUUUCAGUGAAACCAGCAAUGUACUCCAGACUACAUUGACCAAUGUGUGACUGUCUGAUUGUAACAAAUAUACUGGUUUGUUUUUAAUUCCCCUUAAGAUGUAUUUUCUUUUCAGUUAAUCAACUUGUCUGUCUUUUUUCUGGUUAAACAAUUAGUGUUGAAAUGUGUUGUUUUUUAAAAAUGCAUUAUGAAAAAUGAAUUCACAUAAAUAUAAUUUAAUGAUUGUAUAAGCUAAAAUUAUGGUUUAGUGAAAGGUUGCUGAAAAUAUCAUAAAUUAUUUUGCAGAGACACUAGUUUUACAUGUUUUUGUUUUACACCAUGUUUUACAUGAGGAUUUGUUGAUUGUUUAAUGAUAAUCAAUAAUCCAUAGCAUGAGCCAUGUUUUCAGCAUAUGUAAGGAUCUGAUUAUUCACUUCAUAAAAUAUUGCUAAAGAAAACUUUUUCCAUUUAAAAAAAUAUAAAUUGUUCUCUAAUGAUGUAUUUCUGAUGUAUCUCAUCUUACUCUAUAAUUCUGUUUAAUUUCCUUUGUUGCCAUUAAAUAACCUGUUUUAUUACUAUGCUAAACAAGUUACUCUUGAUAGUCUGGUCAUUUAGGCAGAUUAGCCCCACAAACUGGAUUGGUAGUCUAGGAAUAAGGUAUGUAUGUACUUUGGUUUUAUUUAAAAAAAAUAAAAAUCAAAAUAUACUCCAGUUUUCAGUGCUUUUACCCAUUUCCUAUCAGUGUUGGUUUUCUUUGCUUCUUAUUCAAUGCCAGAACAACUUUUCUCUUCAGUCCCUGUGGUGUCUAUAUGGUAAUUUCAGGGUCUUUUGUACACCAGAUAUUCUUCUUGGCUCCAGUCAAACAGUCUAUCACUACUGCAAACUAUUAGUUAGUGUACA